UUAUCCUCCUCUUAAUUUACUGCCAUAUUUACGUAUAUACCUUCUUAGUUCUCAAUGGACUCCUCUUCCGUCGCCUCCAGCUCAUCCACGCCACGCCGCCGCCGCUCCAAACCCAUCGCAGACAGAAUAUCCAGAGCCCUCCGCCACCCCCUCCGCCUUCUCCACCGCUUCAACUCCACCUUCUUCGUCCUAGGUUCCACAGGAAACGUCUACACGGUCACCUUAGCGACCGCCCCUUCCUGCACCUGCCCCGACCCUACCAACCCCUGCAAGCACAUCCUCUUCAUCUUCAUCCGCGUCCUCGGCGUCUCCGUCACCGACAAUCGUCUCCGCCGGAGGACUCUCCCGCCGUGCCACCUCACCCGUCUCCUCGCCACGCCCACGUCCCCGGCCUCCCUCGCUGGCGUCCGCCUCCGAGAAAGGUUCCAUCAGCUCUUCUGCCAGAUGCGCCGCCCUUCGCCGCCGCAGCCUGUGGUGGAGAUAAAAGACGGGACGGUGUGUCCGGUGUGUCUGGAAGAGAUGAGAAGCGAGGGAGCUGAAAGGGUGGUGGCUUGCGAGACGUGCCGGAAUCCAAUUCACAUGGAGUGCCAAAUGAUGUGGAAGAGGAGCAGGAGGCGGCGGGCGGCCAGCUGCGUCUUGUGUCGGGCGAGAUGGAGAGAGAGGGCGGAUCGGGAAAUGUACGUGAACCUUACAGCGUACAUGAGCGAGGGCGACGGUGCAGGGAGUCUGUGUGGUGAUUAAUAAGGUCCUCUGGGUGCUUGCCAUGCAUGGUGACUUCAAUUUAUUAGAAGAACAAGCGCCGGUAGUCGGUCAUUUUAUUAUUUGUAAAAGUGUGACUUGAAUUUUAAUACAUAUACAUGCUUGGAGAA